GAUUGACUGACGCUUCUAAAUGCUAGGAUUGCGCGACUGUGCUUGUGAUUGGGCGUGAUAUUCUUGAACAAUAGGCCUCUUUGAGUCUUGAAGGGCCGGACUCGUACAUAUAACUGAGGUGACAUCUGAAAGCCUUUCCAGAUUCCAACCCAUUACCACAGCUUACCACACGUCUCAGCCCAUACUAUCAUGCAGACCGCAGACUCUCAGAACGGUGUUUCGCACGUUCAGCGUCAUUCAGAGUUUUAUUUUGCAGACGGAAACAUCACCUUUCUCGUUGAAAAUACAUUCUUUCGCGUUCACAGGUCCUUCUUCGAGCGCGAAUCUGAGGUUUUCAUCCGGGAACUUGCACAAGUUCCCCAGGAUGGAAUAUCUGAUGACAGCGCGUUUCAGGUCGAAGACGUGACUAGUGAUGACUUCGCGACGUUCCUCUGGGUCUGGUACAGUCCGAAGUACAGACUGGACAGGAAAUCGUCAGACAACUGGCUCGUCAUACUCGAGCUCUCUACGAGGUGGCAAUUUCUUGAGAUGAGGGAGCUGGCUAUUGAUCAGCUCCAGAAUCUCAAGAUAGACCCCGUAGAAAAGAUCGCGAUCUAUAACAAGUAUGAGAUCGAUAGAUCGCUGCUUUUGCCUGAAUACAAGCACCUUUGCACGCGCCAGGGUCAGAUGUCGAUCGAGGAGGGUGAGAAGGUCGGGUUAUUCACUGUCCUCGCUAUACAUCAGGCUCGGGAGCGUGCAAUGAAUAGUGCAGUGGCAAAAGAGUGUCGCAGCCCGACUCUUGCUGAUGUCGAUGAUGAGAAACUGGAAGAGAUAUUGAAGGAUAUCUUCAAUCUCAACCAGAAUUCUACUACCGCAUCACGACGUGGCGCAGAUAUUCAUGCGCCCUCAGGAGACACUGACAGCCAGGGUGUUCAGGCGCAGGGGCAAUCAAACGCGCCCCCUAUCAUUGGCACUCCACAGUCCAAUGCAAACAGAACCACGAACAGGCCGUUUGGGACAGGUUGGUCCCCUCAAAACGUCAAUGGGCAGGGAGAUGCUACAGGAACGGAUAGAACCUGAUAAUUGAUCAAUCGGAGGGCGAUCUGAGUAGCUCAGGUGAAAGUCUGACUUGUGUGACCGGGGUUGGAGCGACACGCGUAUUAGGCUAUAGCCUUAUUUCAACAUUCAUCGAGUCUGCGAUAGCAUUGGUGCUUGUAUAUAUUGUUAUCUAUGUACUAUGAACUUCAUAAAGUCUCGACACUUGCGAUCGGUUUGUUGUGUG